GUGUGUCCAUCUGAGAGAACAACCGACGAAUCGCAUCUGCAUAGGCAACUGAGGUUUCCUGCUUUUUACCGAGAAAGGAAACGAACGCGGCCGCCGAGCCAUCCGAGGUCAGGGAAUGGAGGACGGUGCUAUCUGAGCUGAAAACUAGAUUGUGGGGAACUGCCUUUCCAGCCGACACAUGCGCGUCAAAUCCAUCCAAACGCACUGAAAGGAACCACAGAGAGAGAGAGAGAGAGAGAGAUUAAUCGGCUAUGAUGGACACCAAAGCAGAUGAUGACGAUGACGAGAGCUUCGGUGAAUUCACCUUCGCAUCCUUCCCCAAUCACGCCUUCUCUUCCGAUCAGAUCAAACCUCCAAAACGCUCCGACGACGACGACGAAUGGGGUGAUUUUAUGGAAACCCCAACCGGAUCUGAGCCCUCCGGUGGCUUCACCAACGCCCAAUUGCCUUCGAAACCCUUCGAUCCUUUCGGGUUUUUCCCGGAUCACUCGGCCGCGCCCUCGCAAUCGAAGCCGACACGAACCGAACCGAUACCCAAGCCCAAAGGGGCUUUGCCGCUUUCCAUAUUCGGCGAGGAAGACCAGGAGGAGGAGCAAUCCGGCGCGCCUGAUCCUCCAGCUGGUGAUAAACCUGCCGGAAGUGUUAAAAAUGGAUCGAAUAUGUUCAUAGGACUUGCGUUUAACGAUGUUGUUGCCAAUCUGUACAAUCAGAGUCAACAGAUCAAGGCUGAGAAUGGCUUGAAUUCAUUCAAAUGGGUUAGAUUCAAGGCAAAUAUUGAUGGUUUGGUAUCUACAUCAAGUGGGUUGAACUCGGAUUUAUCUGCUGGAAACAAUGGUACUCAUAGUUCGCUGAUAAAGACUGAAAGCGGGUUAAGUUCCAUUGCAGAUUUGUUUGCUGGAAAUUAUACUAGUCAGAGUCCAAAGAUUAAGACCGGAAUUGGUUUGAGUUUGAAUUCUGGUUUUUUUUAUGGAAAAGAUGAUGCUGGGAGUCCGGAAAUUAAGACUGUGAAUGAAUUGAGUUCAAAUUCAGAUUUGUUUGCAGGAAAAAAUCAUAGUCAGAGCUCAAAGAUUAAGCCUUCAAAUGAGUUCGGUUUGAAUUGGGAUUUAUUUGCCGGAAAAAAUGAUAGUCAGACUCCGAAGAUUAAGGCUGUAAAUGAGUUGAGUUCAAAUUCUGAUUUAUUUUCUCAAAACAAUGAUAGUGAAGCGCACGGAAUGAAGGCAGAAAGUGGGUUGAACUCCUAUUCGGGUCAACUGAAUAUGAACGCUGAUUUAUUUUCCGGGAACAUUGUUUUUGAUGCAGUUACAAAUACUUACAGCGAGAGCCCCAGGACUGAAAUUUCAAAUGGGUUGAAUUCAAAUAUGCAUGAAUCUACGGCAAAUUUCAGGGGAAAGAGUGCAAAUUUUGAUGGUUUCUUUUCAAACUCAGACCCUUCUGGUGGGAAUGUAGAUUAUGAUGGGGACGAGGAUGGAUGGGAAUUUAAGGAUGCAUAUUCAGAACCAGAGGUUGCCUUUAAGAAUGAUAAGGUCAACGGAAUGGAUCACGCAAAUUCCAAGGUUACUGGCUUUUCGUCUGGGCUUGGCAAUGGUUCAAAUGGAUCUAUUGAUUUAUUUUCAACCUCAGCUGGGUUUUCAGGUAAACCUCAAGCAGUGGAUAUUGGUUUUGAUUUCAAGCCACAGACAUUUGCUCAAACGGGCUACACAUCAGAUUCACUUUUUAAAAGUGAGGAGAAGAGUGCUAAAAGUGGGUUGAUUUCUGAUCCUGUUGUUGGGGCUGUUGAUUUUGGGGAAAGUUUUGGUGAUUUCCAUGGUUCAUUUACUGGAACCGGAUUGAAGGAGGACAAUGUGGUUAGUGACUUUCCUCAUUCUGAAGUUGAAGAGCUUGCUUCUGAUGGUAAAGUGCAGGGAAAUGAGACAAUAUCUAAGAAUCAUAAAGAAGCCCUGCCUCUGUCCAUUUUUGGUGAUGAGGAACAAGAACUUGGUGAUUCCUUGAAACUCCAGGAUGCCUUUACGUUUGAAACCUUGCCCCACCUAAGAAAUGGCAUUAAUAGUCAGGGUUCUGUUAUUUCUAUCCAUGAUCUCAUAUCAAAUUUGUACAGUCAAGCUGAGAUCCCUCCUGUUGACAAGACAGAAGAACUUGUUGGAAACAGGUUGGACUCCUCUAAUGAAGUGCUCAAUCCUAGUCCAGUUAACUGUGAUGAUGAUUUUGAUGAUGCUUCUUGGGAGUUUCAAGACGCACCUUCCCUAUCUGGACCUGUAGAGCAUACCUCUCUUCGCAGCCCCGAAAAAGUUAAUGAAAAUCUAUUGUACUCUGACGUGCUCAGUACGAAUCAAGUGAAUCAGGAUGAUGAUUUUGUUGAUGCUUCAUGGGAAUUUAAAGAUGCCUCCUCUACAAUGAAUCAUGAUGAUGACUUUGGUGAUGCUUCACAGGAAUUUAAAGAUGCCUCCUCUCAGACCACAGUUGUAGAUCAGGUUUCUCUUCCUGGUGCUAUGGAUGCGAAGGAAAAUUUUUCUACCAAAUUAAAGCUGGUUAAUUAUCUAGACUUCUAUUAUAAAUUAAAUGACAGGCUGUCCUUUGUCUGUGGAUGCCAUCUCAACAGGCUAAAGAAAGCUCAAAAUACUGCUGCUCUUUCUGGUGAGGAUGGAAAAGCUGCAGCAAUUGAGGAGGAAAUCCAGGAGGCCUGUAAGAAACUUCCUGAAGAGAAUAUAAGCUCCAAAAACUAUUCAGAGGAUCAGCUUCCUGUAGAUAUUAGCCUUGGUGAUUUAGUUGAAGUCCUUCAUGAACCGAAGUUCCAAAUACUGGAAUCAGAAUAUCACUUGUCAAGAAAAUUGCAAUUAGCGGAGAAAGACUUGAAAUCAGCAAUUGAACUGCUGAUACAUACCACAUUUAUUCUAAAUAUUCUUACAGUAGGAUCAAUGGAGGAUCAGAGCAUUUAUGUCUCCACUUGGUUCAAGAUGAUCUCUGUAUGUGCUCAAGAGUUGAAGCAUGGCUCAUGGAUGUGGAAGCAGUUCGUAGAUAACAAUCUUCAGAGUUGGAUACUUUCUGAACCUCGAGGGAAGCAUUUUAUCCUUGCUCUUGGAGAGAUAUACAGAGUAGUUCUAGUUCUUGGAGCCUCAAUCAAACUUUACAAGCCAUGGGUACUAUCAAGUUCUGUAAAUUCUAAAAGCAUUGAUGUUCUCCUGGAAGAGUGUUAUACUCUAUGGUUGAGUUCAGGACUCGAGGAAGCACUCCUAGGUAUAUCUGAUCCAAUUGAUUUUGAAUAUCAUAGUACAGUUGAGGCCUUAUGGGAGUCAAUCAAGUAUAUUCAUGAUCUUGAUGUGCUUGACCUUGGAAACCAUGUAUUCAAUCAGAAAGCUUCUGUGUGCCAGCUGUCACUUCUAACUUCAGAAGCAGUUCCAGCAAUGAAAAUGGUGUUCUGGAAUGGGGAUCACUAUUUUCUUACGCUUGCUAAUUUGUGGGGGAAUCUCAUAAGCUGUAACCCUCCAGAGCUGCCACAUUUGCGCAUUGGCUCUUGAAAAGUACCAAGGGAAAAUUGUUGGGGUGUUUCCUGCUGAAGGGUGCUAUUGGAUCCCAUAGUUUUGUACUCGAUGAGGCUUUUGGAAUGCCAAAUCCUGUUGCAAUUUGUUUGUUGUGCUGAUUGCAGCAAUCUAUUACAGUCGGUUGAAUCGGCAGAGGCAUCUUUGUUGAUUAUUUUCCUUCCUCUCCUGGCUUCUGUUGUAUAAGCUUAGUGUAGUGUUUGAAUGAGUUAGUGUUGUAUGGCUGUGUUAUUUGUUGUGUAAUUGUUGAAGCUUGAAAGGUGGAAACUCAAAUACUUAUCAGGAUAGAGCAGAGGAAAGAAAAGAGAAGAUGGGUGAAAUCAAACAGAGAUCCAUUCACCUUGAGAUAGGAACUUAAACUGCAAAGUGCCAGGGAAUGUAUCACGAGCCUAUAGUGUAUUUCUCUCUGCCAGCUUUUCUUCUAUGCGUUUGAAACAAAGAAUUGGGGUGGAUUUUUUCUUUUUAUUUUGUUCAGCAGAAGACAAAUCCCAAGUGACUUAGACAACACUUUUACUUGGUGAGAGUUAACAUACUAGUCAUUCAAAAUAUUUACAUAUACGUUUGUUACGAGUUAUCUAUUGUAAUGUCA